AUGAUGGAAGACAAGGGCAAAGCGGCCAUGCCGCGGCUACCGAUCUCCAAGUGCAAGCGGAUCGCCAAGACAGACCCAGACUAUAUAAUGACGACGCAGGCGGCGUACAUUGCGACGGCGUUUGCGACGGAGCUGUUCGUGCAGGCGAUCAGCGAGGACGCUAUGGCGCAGGCGCAGCUUGACGGGCGGCGUGCUGGCGGCAGGGCGGCGCGCCUGACGUACAACGACCUGGCGCGGAGCGUGGCGCGCGAGGAGCGGUACGCGUUUCUGGCGGACGUGAUCCCGGAGACCAAGACGCUGGCGCACUUGGUGCGCCAGAACAAGGUGCGGUACUCGGCGCCGCUGGCGCAAGGGCAGGCGACGCUGCCGUUCGCGCGGCGCGCGGUGGAGGGCGGCGAGAGCGACGCAGCGAGCGAGGACGAGGACGUGGAGGAGGGCGAGCUGCAGAAGGACCUGGCGGAGGUGGCGAAGAUGAACCAGAUCGUGGACCUGGACGCGGAGAGCAGCGCGGGCGAGGCGGACGGCGACGAGAACGAGCCCGAGGACGACUGA